AACUCUACUGCCACCUACCAUAAAACACACCCGGAAAAUCCACAUUCCUCAUCAGUUUCCACCUCCUCCAUUUCAGAUCACAAAAAAACUAAAGUGAAACUUUAAACACAGCUACAGAGAUCAAAUGCGUCAGGAUUACCAUAAGAACACUCCAGAUCAAACAGACACACGCAGACAGGUUGUAACUGUGGGUCUGGGGUGAGUGGCUGGUCAGCAGAUCAGAAAUGGAACCCCUGAAUAAUGAAAGCAAAAAGGUGGACAGGCCUGAGUUUCUCAGCAAUCAACUAUUAAGAACAAAGUCCCUGGAAAUAAAAAGGUCAAACAAGUCACAUAGGUCUUCUGGAAACUAUUCGUACACGGGGAAACCAAUCAAAAUGAACCUGCAGGAGGACAUGAGAUCACAAAGGUCACUUUCAGUGGCGAGUUAUUCAUCCAUGGAGGAUCCAAUCAAUUUGAGCAAGCCAGAACCUGUGGACAAGUUAAGGUUACACAGGUCACUUUCAGUGGUGAGUUAUUCAUCCAUGGAGGACCCAAUCAAUUUGAGCAAGCCAGAAACUGUGGACAAGUUAAGUCACAGGUCACACAGGUCACCUUCAGUGGCGAGUCGUUCAUCCAUGGUUCGCCCAACCGGGUUUAGAAAGUCAGAAACAGAGGACAACAUGAGUACAGCGUCUGAGCCGGCCUCAUCGAUUGCAGACAGCGGUGUGGAAUCAGUGACGACUGACUGGUCACGUGACACACCUUUCACCGUUCCUCCAGAUGCCCGGCAGAACCCUCGUCAUGCUGCUCCUGGAGAUGUAGCGUGCGAUCUGUGUGAAGAAAUCAAGCUGAAAGCAUGCAAGUCCUGUAUGACCUGCCUUGCCUCGUUUUGCGAGCUACAUGUCCAAGGUCACUACACAAUCGAGCCGCUGAAUCGACACCUACUGGUGGAAGUCACCAAAAACCUUGGGAAUCUUCAGGAAAGUGCUCAGAUGAAGAAAAUACUAACAAAGGAACGGGAAGAGAACCAGAGGCUGAAGGAUGAGAAUCUAGCGCUGAAAAAAGAAAAUGAAUCUCUAAGGCAGAGGAUCUGUAAACUGAGACUUCCUGAUUAUAUCUGCCAAGGGAAGGUACCUGUAGCGGCUGAUUUGACAUUGGAUCCUGAAACAGCUCACUGUGCUCUCCUUCUAUCUGAUGACUGCAAACAAGUGCGAGUGGGAGACAAGACAACUGUUCAUCAGACUUCCCAGAGAUUUGACAAGUGGGAGUGUGUCCUAGCUAAAGAAGGCUUCAGCUCAGGACGACACUACUGGGAGGUGGAAGUUAAUCGAGAGUUCACUAUAGGGGUUAGCCGUCAGUCUGCUCAGAGGAAAGGAAAGUUCAUCUUCUGUCCCAGUGAAGGAUACUGGUGUCUCUACCACUUCCGGCAAGCUUUCAGUGCCCUGGAUGAUUCUAUUCAUCGCCUGCAAGUCAACUCUUUUCCUCGGGUGCUGGGGGUGUGUAUCGAUGUGGAUGAGAAGUGGGUUGCAUUUUACAACUCUGAGACUAAAGCACAAAUUUACACCUUCAGAAAUAUGACCUUCACUGACGGAGAGAAGAUCUAUCCUCUGUUCAACACCUUGGAGAAAUCAGCCAACCUUGAGAUUAAGACUGAAAUGUUUUUUACCGCUUAAACUCUCCCUAAACACGUGUUGAUAAUAAGGUAGAGGGUUAUUAACCUGAUCUGAAGAUCAAAACAUACUAGUGGUUGAAGCCUCUAGAAAGUAUCGAGACCAUUUUUUUUGUAUCUAGAACCUGAUCUAAUUAAUCAGCAAACAAGCAUUUCCAGAGUUGUGUAGUUGUGGAGGAGUAUAGACUGCAUGACAUCUGUAAUAUUUGUGACUGACUUGAGUAGAAUAAGAAGGAAUCUUAAUGCAUAAAUGACUGAUAUGGGAGUGAAUGCUCAAUUUACACACUGCUGCCACCGCCAAACAAACAUGAUGCUAACCAGUCUUAUAUCCCAUUUGUAAUGAACCUUUAGUAAAAAAAAAAAAAAAAAAGUAAUAGCUACCUAAUCAUAACAAAUUCAGGCAAUAGACAACGGUACAUAAUGACAACACUAUUUUUUUUUUCCAUUUCUCCCAAAUUCUCCCGUCCAUUCAGCUGCUAGUCAGCUGUAUAUUCCCCAUUACUUGUGAUGCCACAACACCAGGAGUGUGAAGACUAGCACAUGCCUCCUCAAUAAAGCCACAUCAUCUUUUCGAACUGCUGCUGAUGCAGCCAGCAUGCUCAGAGGAAACUGCAGUGAGUUCAGAUACAUCAGCUCACAGACGCCUUGUGAGCGACAUCACACUUUGAGUGAUGAGGGGAAAGAGUGCCAUUUACCCACCCAGAGAGAGCAAGGCCAACGGUGCUUUCUCAGGGCUCCGACAGCUGAUGGCAAGCAGCAUGACCCGAAUUUGAACCAGCAAUCAACCAGGAAACACUUUAAAUGUUCCCUAUUUCUGGUUGUAACACAGGCCAAAAUCAUGAUCCCUAUGCCCCUAUGCUUAACAGUCAGAGAGGCUGUGUUCUUACACACCCUUUAUUCUCCAAACUUACCAACUGUUUAUUGUGUCUAAACAUGCCUUUUUUGCUAAGCUAUCCUUUCACAAUAGAACAGUAGUAUUUACACUGGAAACAAAAUAUUUCUGCUGUUGCUUAAACCUUAUAUUUCCAAAAUUAAAUUUCAGUAGAAGUCACUGUAAACACCUUUUAUUGUUUAUUUGUUUUUAUUGUUUUGUGCAUCAUGACAACAUUGUCUUCUUCUUCAAAGUAGUGUUGUUAGAAGGUAUGAACAUAUAUGGAGAAUAUGAAAGAAAUCAGGUAUUGCUGUUAUAAGUUAACUGUAACUUGUUUAAGGGAAAAUAGUAAGGAAUUUUAAAUUUGUAUGUAAAUGCUUAUAUGCAGGCUGUUUUUAUAUUAUCAUCAUCUUUUGGGGUUGAAUUAUUGUCCAGUCCAUGGAGAGGUAGAUUCUAGUUCAGAUUGAGAAACUCCCUUUUGUGCUUUAGAAACUAUGCCAAAUGGAAUUUUUACUUAGAGAAUCAUGUUGUUAAAAUGUAUAAACAUAUAUGGAGGAACAUAUGGAAAAAAUAAGCUCUUGGUAUUACUGUUAAAAGUUAAUUGUAACUUAUUUAAAAUGUAAAUAGUGAGAAAAUGUAUUUGUAUAUAAAUGCUGAUAUGCAGGCUGUUUCUGAAUUAAUAUCUGUUUUGGGGUUUAAUUAAUGCCCAGUUCAUUGAAAGGUGGAUUGUAGUUCAGAUUGAGAAACUCCUUUUUGUAAAAUGGACAGUUUAGAGCACUGAUUGUUAUAUUAGUUUAUUAUACUGUCAAUCAUUAAUUUGCUAAUAAAACACUGUAUGAAAACAGCUGCAUCUACAAGAACUGUUGUAUGUUUCUAAAAAACUGCUGGG